AGCAGGAGAAAAACGCCCAAAAGCAUCUCAUUCCUCGCCAGUCGGAUCACGGGAGCAUCGAGGAAUUGACCGUACAGUGCUCUUUAUCAGAGAAAAGAAGAGUUUAUAAGAAAUGUUUGCGAUAGAGAAGCGCGUCAGAGCGCGCGACAGGUGGAUCGAAUGGCCUCGAGCUCAGCGCGACAUCACGUGACCUUUAUGAACAGGGUAGCUGACAGAUUUGGUUGUACCUGAGGUGGACACACACACCUGAGCGAGUGACAGAGGGAGAGAGAGAGAGAGAGAGAGAGAGAGAGAGAGAGAUGUACACAGCGGUGCUGUUCUCCUCUUCUCUGUUUCUCCUGCAUGUGACCUGCACGCCUCAGAUUCACGGUCACCGCGGGAGGAGAGUGUGUGUUGGAGAUGCUCGGAGUCGUGGUGUGUCUCACAGCACAGAGUCGUUUCUUCAGCCCGUACACAAACCCUACAUCACCAUGUGCCAAAACCACCGCAUGUGUAGCACGUACAAGACAAUCUACAGGGUUUCUUACAGGCAGGUGAGCAGAGCAGCUCCCAGUUCACACAUUUACCCAGAAUGCUGUCCGGGAUGGCGACGCAUGCAUUCACACAACUGUAACCGAGCCGUGUGUGAGCAGUCUUGUGUAAAUGGAGGCUGGUGUGUAAGGCCUAAUCACUGCGCAUGUCCGAGAGGAUGGACGGGACGAUACUGCCAAACAGAUGUGGAUGAGUGUGAGGAGGGUCAGCGCUGCUCACAGAAGUGUGUGAAUAAGGUGGGGAGUUAUCGGUGUGUGUGUCAGGACGGAUUCAGUCUGGCUGAAGAUGAAGUAACAUGUUCAAGACUUCCUGCUCCGUCCCCGCGGCCCGGCGACGAACGCUCAUCCAGAAGCCAUGCUGGUGAAGGUUUGGGAUUGGUGGCAAACGUUACUGAAGAAGUUCAGAUCCUUAAAACCAGAGUGGAACUCCUCGAGCAGAAACUAGAGAUGGUUCUUGCUCCCUUCACCACGCUCUUCCCCUUGGAUGGUGUGGGAGACACUAACAGCUUCCUGUCUGAUAGGAACAACUUCCUGUCGCAUUCUCUGCAGCAACUAGACCGAAUCGAGUCGCUCAGUGAGCAGGUCGGGUUCCUGGAGGAGCGUAUCGGAGCUUGUGCCUGCCAGGAAAACUAGACGAUCAAAGAUGGGCUGCAUCCUCAAGUGAAACCAAUGUCUGUGAAGUCUUAAUAAAGACUCCUGUUUGGCCAAAAUUGAGUUUUCUGGCCCAUGAGCUGGAGCUUUGAUUGUUUCGUUAUGUUUCUCAAUGUAUUUCUUUCAUUUAAUUAUUUGUGUAAAUGCAGCUGUAGUCUUAAGUUUGAGUCAGGAGAAAUGUAAAUUUAUGUAUUUAUAAGUCCAUGUUCUUCUCCUGAGUAUUGCUAUUGGGAAAACAAUGCAAAAUUGUAUCUUUUAAAAAAAACACUCAUGUUGUUAAAUGUUUUUAAAUAAAAAAAUUUAAACUUCUAA